AUGGGGUCCCUGGGGUACACCCGCUCCGCCGACCGCUCGCUUUGCAUGCACGGCGGCGCAGGUCUUAUGUAUGGGGGAGUUUUUUACGAGGGUGGUUCGCAUGCCCGCGCACUCGACCAGUCGCGUUUAGCUUGGGUAAUUGAUGCCCAUGAGGACGAAAUUCAUUCCUUGCGGCAGUACACCCUUGUGGUCUGUGCAUUGGUAUUUACUGCCGAUCAUGAACUAAUUUCGUGGUGCGCGUGCGUGUGGUGUGUGUGUGUGUGUGUCGCUGACGGCGGCUGUGCGCCUGUUGCAGGUAGCAUCUACCGGCGCGGCGCCCGGCGCUGGCGCAAGCUCUACCGCGUCAAUGGACACAUCUUCCAGGCGAAGCGGUUCAACCGACGCGCCUUCUGUGCCUUCUGCCAGGACCGCAUCUGGGGCCUGGGGCGGCAGGGCUUCAAGUGCAUCCAGUGCAAGCUGCUGGUGCACAAGAAGUGCCACAAGCUGGUGCAGAAGCCCUGCUCCUCGGAGCACGUGGCCGAGCCGCUGGUGCGCGAGGAGCCCAACGGCGAGACGCCCACCAUCAGUGAGUGCCACCCACCGACGCGCACCAUUCCUCUGGGCCGAGCUGGCCUCGUCUGGCGGGUGGUGUUCCUUUUGGUGGAGGGAACAGGGGUGGGGAGUAUGGUCGUCAACGAGUAA